UCGCGAUGGGGAAGGGUUAAUAAAAGGCGUCGGAACGCUUCGCCGCUGAAGAUUUUUGCGAAUUUUUUCGCGGUUCUGCUCGCAUUCAUUAAGCGAUCAAACAAACAGAAAAUGAAGUACUUCGCGUUGCUUUUAUUAGCGUCGUUAUGCAGUGCAUUAGCCAGAAAAUUACCUUCAAGUUUUACAAUUUGUAAACUCAAUGAUCCCAAGCUGAACGAGUGCUAUUCCAGAGCGACCGAAAGGGCAUUAAAAAUAUUGAGGGAGCCAAUUCCCGAGCUUUCGCUUCCGUCGAUAGAGCCCUUAAAAAUUGACAGAGUGGAUGUACCUGCGGACUCGAACAGCAUCAACUUUCGUCAAACCUUACUAAAUAUCGAGGUGUACAACCUGACGAACUCGAUGGUGAACCGCAGUCAACUCACCUUCGGCGACGACACCUACCACAUGAAGUCAAUACUGUACAAUCCACUAGUGACCAUCAAGGGGAUCGCCGAGCUUGACGGCAAAAUUCUGGUGCUACAAAUUAAGGACAAGGGACCCUUCGAGAUUACCCUAGAGAGAAGUACCGGAGUCUUCGAAAUGAGCGGCCGAAUCGUCGACAAGGGCGGCAAGAGGUACCUGACGGUCGAGCGGACCGCCUGCAAGCUUAAGCCCGACAACGCGAUCAUCAAGUUCGAGAACCUCUUCGAGGGGAAUCGAGAGCUAGGCGAGAUCGUCAACGCCGCUCUAAAUGAACACUGGAGGGAGAUCCUCGACGAGCUCGGAUCGGCGUACGAGGAGGCGCUCGCUGCAAUGUUGAAGGGAUAUGGCCAGCGUAUAGUAAACAAGGUUCCGUUCGAAAAUCUCUUCGCUCAAUAAUUUUUGGAGCUUAAGACAAUAAUAAAUAAAAAGAAUCAUUGUUUUACUUAA